ACUGCUGUCGAUGCGAAAGUGUUGGUCUGGAGGAUUUGAAGCUGACCGUCGCUGAGUGGAGAAUUUCAGACUCAUUUUUACCUAGACGAGUAGCUGAAAGAGCUUGUUGAGGCGAUGGCUUUUUAAGUGAGAAGGGGUUCAGUGGCACAGGGAGAAGCUGGAUGUUCCACGAGAGUGUUAAGAGAAUUUAAGUGGGACGAAGACGAUGUCGGGCAAAGUAGUUUCAGCGUUGAUCAGACUGGUGGUGAAUGCCGGACAAGCGAAACCGGCACCUCCAGUGGGUCCGGCACUUGGACAGCAUAGACUGAAUCUGAUGGCGUUUUGUAAGGAUUUUAAUGCUCGAACGCAGCAUAUGAAGCCCGAUGUUCCGGUUUCUGUGACGGUUACUGCAUACACCGACUCCUCGUUCGAUUUCGUCAUUAAGUCCCCGAAGGUUUCUUACUUCUUGAAGAAGGCUGCAGGCUUGCAAAAUGGGGGCGGCAGGGCGGGUCACGACGUAGCAGGAGUUGUGACUGUGAAGCACGUGUACGAAAUUGCCAAGAUUAAACAGACCGACCCUGACUGUCAGUACAUGGACUUAGAUGCUAUCAGCAAGUCAAUCUUGGGCACGGCCCGAUCCAUGGGUAUCGCUGUCAAACGUGAUUUGAAUUGAUCGAUCGAUCGAUCGAUCGACCCCAUCCUACUCACUUGCGCUACCAAUUUCGAUGGUCAUGCGGCGAGCCUUUGGCAUGGCACAGAGUUCCUUGGUAUGAAUAAGGAUGAUAUCCCCAGAAGCUGUUGUCUCUCUGUCCAAUUAUUGCGGUCUUCUCGGAAUCAUAUAUUUUUUGCUGUAGUCAUAGCCUACGUGCCCAUGUUCCCAAAGGCUCCGUUGUCUCGUUAGGUCGGCUCUGUGCAGGCACACUGGACGAGUUGACUUAUUUGAACACUUUCAGAUUGAAGGCAUUGCAGCUCCAAGUCAUUGUCGGUAUUUCACAGCAGAUCUUAUAUUGGCCAAUGAAAGUUUUUCUUUGAUUGACGUCCACGUACACUCAAGUGAUUCGAAGGAUUCUCAGUGUGAUGAGUUAUACACUGCUUCUCGAUUCAAACCGGUGACGCUUACUUGUGUCAGUAGAAAAUGGAUGGCCUGACAGGUGAAGUACCGUUCACAAUUUCCCAACUGGAUCGUCAAUCGAAAUCAGCAGGAUUGUGCCAUAGUUACGUGCGAUUCCACGAUAGAGAUUCCACUCCUGCUUAAUUAUCUGAGUUUCAUUCAGACUGCCCUUGAUUGGGUGGUGGAUUAAUUGAGGAUGCAGGCUCGUGUAGACGACACAGGUACUUCGGUGGGCCUCGGGUUGAAGCGCUUGAUCAGGAGACUGGUGGCAUAGCACCGAAACUUCAAAUCCGGGGGAAGUUGCAACAGUCUUUUGAAGUGCAACAGGCAACGUUGUCAGCUUGAUCACGUUGGAGCCCUGGAGAGGAAUUUUAGCAGAGCAUCUCUAUCCCGCUGGGUUAUUUCAUCCCGUGAGAAGGAUCUUUCUGAAUUCUUCUAAGCCGCUCGUGCCUCAAAAUCUGUACACCGGCACUCUGUGAAUCUCAACUUGACGAUUGUCGUCUGGAAAGUGACGAAUCUUUUACCUCUUUC